AUGUUCAAUCUGUUGAGUAGAGAAAUAGCUGGCCAUACGUUUAACCAUAUCGUUUGAUUUAUGAUCUUGCAAAUGGAUCUCUUGAAUGUAGUCCAAGUUUACAUCAAUCCAUUGUUUCUAUCUCUGGUUCUCCUUUUUUCUCUUUUGAUUUGGCUUAAACCAGCAAAAAAGAAAAACCUGAAUCUGCCUCCAUCACCCCCAAAGCUACCUAUUAUCGGCAACAUACACCAACUUGGCAUGCUUCCUCACCGCUCUCUCAGAGACCUCUCAAGGAACUAUGGUUCUCUCUUGCUUCUACAAUUGGGACCAAGGACUACGGCUGUAGAUAUGUUGUUCUAUAACUGCGGGGAUAUGGCUUUUGCACCCUAUGGCGAGUUUUGGAGACAAGUUAAGAAGAUCAGUGUUCUUGAGCUUUUCAGCCAUCGACGAGUCAACUCAUUUCAGUCUGUUAGAGAAGAAGAAGUUGAACUUCUUAUCAGCAAAGUUCGUGGUGCUUGUCUUAAAGGAGAGUCCAUUAAUCUGUCGGAGAUGCUAAUCUCGGUUUCAAGUAACAUAGCUUCUCGAUGUAUUCUUAGUCAUAAAAGUGAAGAAGAAGAUGGGUGCAGCAAGUUUGGGCAGUUGGGUAAAAAGCUGUUGGUUCUCUUCACCGGUUUCUGUAUUGGUGAUAUGUUUCCUUACUUGAGGUGGGUUGAUGCGCUUACUGGAUAAAUUCCAAGUAUGAAGGCAUAUCUGCGGAAUUCGAUGCAUUCCUUGACCAUGUACUUGAAGAGCAUAGAGCUCUUGAAGUUGAUGGCCAAGUUUCCAAUAAAAAGGACUUCGUUUCUAUCAUCAUGCAACUCCAAAAGGAUGGCAUGUAUGAGAUGGACCUCACUCGAGACAACAUCAGAGCUAUCUUACUGGUCAUUCAACACUAUUUUCCCCUUUAUUUUCCUUUUUUAACCCUUUUUUUUAUGCCUUGAACUAAAGUGUCUUUAUUUU